AUGACCAGUCUGAUUACCAGAACGGUUCUUCCAACGUUUUUCCUGGCUUCUCGAACGCAAUUUGCCUUCGCCGCUUCCACUGCCACAAUGUUCCAAAGACAUUUUGCAUCAAUGACCGACGAGGCAUUCGUCAAGAACGAGAUCGUCAAGGACGUGCUCUUCUCGGAUCCACCAUCCAAGAAAUGCACCGUCAAAUUCAACUCGGGUGUUGAAGUUGAUUUGGGAAACGAGUUGACUCCAACUCAGGUCAAGGAUCAACCAGAAGUCAAGUGGGAUGCUGAAGACGGAGCUCUUUACACCUUGAUAAUGACUGAUCCCGAUGCGCCGUCGCGCAAAGACCCCAUCUACCGUGAGUGGCAUCAUUGGCUUGUCGUGAACAUCCCAGGAAAUGAUAUCUCCAAGGGAGACGUGCUCUCUGAGUACAUUGGAUCUGGACCACCACCAGACACCGGACUCCACCGCUACAUUUACUUGAUCUACAAACAAAACGGCAAGAUCGUCGACAAUGAGCACGGACAUUUGACGAACCGCUCCGGCGACAAGCGCGGAGGAUGGAAGGCGUCCGAGUUUGUCAAGAAGCACAACCUUGGAAAGCCGGUGUUUGGCAACUUUUAUCAAGCCAAAUAUGAUGACUACGUUCCAAUUCUCUACAAGCAACUUGGAGCUUAA